AUGGAGCUUGAUGAAUCUAAUCUGAAAAUCGAUAAACACACAAUGAAGCAGCGUAAUCUAACAAGUGGUUAUGUCAGAUCGAUACGUUGUGCGAUCAAGGAGAACGAAAAUGACGAUGACUGUCACGUAUGGGAAUUCAUUGAUGCUAAACGUCGAUGGAAAAGUUUCGAUUCGGAGUCAGCCAAGAAGUUGCAUCGUGCCAAUAAAGAAGGCAUAUCGGAUAUUGAAAUUUCUCUGGAUGGAAUCGACUUUACAGUGGACUUGGAUGCGAGUUUAAUGAAGAGUGAAGAUGGCACAAAGGAAUAUAAGAUCCGGCGUGAUGUUUCGAAAGCGGAACCAGCGAUGAGUGCCAGUCCAGCACCGUCGGCUGCAACAACACGUUCAAUGAUUAAGCGAAAGGCCACAUCUCCAUCAGAUAGUGGUGCAUCCGAUGCGGGAACAGCUCAACAAACAUCUACAACUGCUGUGAAAAAGUCUAAAACCACUGCAACAACAAAGGAGGAACCAGAAUCCAAGAAAGCGUCUACUAGCAAAAAAGCAAGUGGGCCCAAGAAAUCAGAGCCGAAAAGCGAAGGAAAGGAUAUAUACGAUGCUAUGCUCAAUCAGGUAUAUACUGAACGCAAUAAUAACAAGUACUAUAUUAUUCAACUGUUGGAAGAUGAUACUGAAAAACGAUACUCAGUGUGGUUGAGAUGGGGACGUGUUGGCUAUAAGGGCCAAACCAAUCUUGUUGGAUGCGGAAACGAUUUGGAGAAAGCGAAAAAAUUAUUCUGUCAGAAAUUCAGUGACAAAACGCAUAACGAUUGGAGUGAGAGGAAGAAAUUCAAGAAAGUCAGUGGAAAGUACGAUUAUCUUCCGGUACGUUCGGCUGUUCAUUUUUGA